CUCGUAGUUUUCUUGGCACCUUUUCCUUUUUCGGCAUGUCAGGCAUACCGUAUAGAGGAGCUGGUUGUUUUCAGGGAAGAUUUUCUCUACAUGAAUUAAAUCUGUGGAUGGUAUCCUGAUUGUCAUUAGCUUUAUCAAAACAAGAUUGAUUCUGCCAUCAAAGUGUACUGGCCACAUUGAUUUACAAAUAUUUCUUUGGCAUUUAUCUAGAGAAAAGCACUAAUAGCGAGUAGGCUGGUCUCUGACAACAGCAGUGAGCAAAUUCCAUUGAUUUUCCACUUUGACAUUUGGUUCCUCCAAGUAUUGACGUUUCAUGUCUCUUUUAAUUAUUCUUUCUCUUGGGGUUUGAAAGAAGGAUUAUUAUUCUCCACAGAAAUGUUGGGGGAAAGAGACAAAAACUGAGACUGAUCAAAGAAACAGUCAAACAGCCACUGUUUUUCUUCUGCUCAUCUGUGUUAUGUUGCUAAAUUAGUUUCUAUAUUUGGAUCCUAGUAAGAAGAUAAUAUUUUUUGUACAGUUUUGGCUUAAUUACUGCACUGAGUGUGUUAUUCUUCCAGCAAAUGGCCUUUUGUCUGAGUCUGUCAACGAUUAAUCAAUUACUGGAUUAGUUGGUGGUUAUUUCAAUAAUCAAUUAAUCACGAUUGAUCGAUUCAGCCUUAUCUUCAAAAAGCAUGUAGAGCUUCCUGCUGUCGGCCCAUCAGGAUUCCCACAGAACGUCCACUUCCUGUCCUGCAGGUCAAAGUGUAGCGUUGUGCUGACUGGACGUUAUUCUGUGACAAACAGACGAACCGACCAAUCACAGCGAGGCAAACAGGUAGCUCCUCCCAUAUCGUGAGAAAGUUCAAACUGCACGUUUAACUGGGAAGCUCCCUGCUGUUAAACACACACCGACUCUGAGACGACACCAAGACACACACACACACACACACACACGGCGGAGUCAUGUCCCAGAACCGAGCGACGCUCACCAGAACCCCCCUGGAGAAAACCUGGGUUCCCUGGAUGGGAAGCAGACUGAGCAAACGCAGAGGCUCUUCGGUUCCCCAGUUCACCAAUUCCCCGACCAUGAUAGUGAUGGUCGGCCUGCCGGCUCGGGGAAAAACCUACAUCUCCAAGAAGCUCACCAGGUACCUGAACUGGAUCGGGGUGUCGACCAAAGUGUUUAACGUGGGGCAGUACAGAAGAGAAGCAACCCGCUCCUACAACAGCUACGAGUUCUUUAAACCCGACAACGCAGAAGCCAUGAAGAUACGCAACGCCUGCGUGAACACGGCCCUGCAGGAUGUGUGUGACUACCUGACCAGAGACCAAGGUCAGGUCGCGGUUUUCGAUGCCACCAACACGACACCGGAGCGCAGAGAGGUCAUCCUCAACUUCGGCAAAGAAAAUGGUUACAAAGUUUUCUUUGUGGAGUCGAUUUGCGACGAUCCCGAAAUAAUUGCUGAGAAUAUUAAACAAGUGAAGCUGUCGAGUCCCGACUACGUAGACUGUGACAAAGAAGAAGCUGUUGCAGAUUUCCUGAAGAGGAUCGAGUGUUACAAGAUGACCUACGUUCCCCUGGACGACAGCAAGGACCGGAGUUUAUCGUACAUUAAAAUCUUCAACGUGGGCAGCCGGUACCUGGUGAACCGGGUCCAGGACCACAUCCAGAGCCGGAUCGUCUACUACCUCAUGAACAUCCACGUCACGCCCCGGUCCAUCUAUCUGUCGCGGCACGGCGAGAGCGAGCUCAACCUGGUGGGGCGCAUCGGGGGAGACUCCGGCCUGUCACACCGGGGGGCAAAGUUUGCCGCCGCCCUGGGCGCCUACAUGCGCGGGCAGAGCAUCAGCGACCUGAAGGUUUGGACGAGCCACAUGAAGAGAACCAUCCAGACCGCCGAGGCGCUGGGGGUCCAGUACGAGCAGUGGAAGGCCCUGAACGAGAUCGACGCUGGAGUCUGUGAGGAAAUGACUUAUGAGGAGAUUCAGGAGCAUUACCCAGAGGAGUUCGCCCUGAGGGAUCAGGACAAAUAUCGGUACCGGUACCCCAAAGGAGAGUCGUAUGAGGACCUGGUCCAGCGUCUGGAGCCCGUCAUCAUGGAGCUGGAGAGGCAGGAGAACGUCCUGGUCAUCUGUCAUCAGGCAGUCAUGAGAUGUCUGCUGGCCUACUUCCUGGACAAGAGUGCAAGCGAGCUGCCCUACCUGAAGUGUCCUCUGCACACCGUCCUGAAGCUCACGCCGGUCGCCUACGGGUGUAAAGUUGAGUCUGUGUUUCUCAACAUUGAAGCUGUGAACACACACAGAGACCGGCCGGAGAAUGUGGAAGUGGACAGAGACCCGGAGGAGGCGCUGGAGACGGUACCUGAACACAUUUAGAGGACGCCUCAGCUCAACGUCCGUCCCGUCCAGAGAAGACGUCUUAUUUUAAUUUAUCUAAUCCUUGUUUUUAGAAAACUGAGAGCUUACUGACAAUGAAAGGUUUCUUCAAUGGCAUCUUAAUUCCACUGUUAGUGCACUUUAUCUAGAAGGGUCCAGGUUGAAAACAACUUUUAAAAAGUGAAGAACUGAAAACGACCUUCAGGACUGUUCAACAGUCCUUAAUCUCUGUUUCACACUGCUUUACUUCAUCCUGUGCUGUUCCUUCAACUCUUGUAAUUUCAUGUAGACAGCAAUAAUAGCGGAGACGUCGUGCCGCCAUGUUUUAGUGGUAGUUUUAGAUUUGAGAAGUGAUGUUCAUUGAUUUACGCAAAGGGCUUCAUUCCCUCAUCAGCACAUUAUUCAGCUCAGCAGAGACGUUGGUAACAAACUGUAUUCAUAGCACAGACAAAA